GGGCCAAAAUUUCCUCAUGCGGCCUAGUGGACGGGACCAUACGGAGACCACGACUGGGAUAUAUCAUCAGCUCGCCAUACAUCUCAUUUGGCGGAACCAGAUCAACAUUUCUUCUUCGUGUGCAUCGCAUCUUCACCUAUAGCAACAGGAGAGCAGCGAGAUCGAAGCAGCGCCGAUCAUUCGAUAGAUCAUGUCCGCCACGAGAGCCGCCGCCGGCGUGGGAGGCUACGACCGCCAGCGCGAGCUGCACGCGUUCGACGACACCAAGGCCGGCGUGAAGGGCCUCGUGGACGCUGGCGUCACGGCCGUCCCCGCCAUCUUCCACCACGCGCCGGACCCCCUCCCGGUGCUGCAGCAGGCGUCCGGCGACAGCAACGUGGCCAGGACGACCAUCCCGGUCAUCGACCUGUCGUGCGCGCGGCGGGACGAUCUGGUGCGCGGGGUGAAGGCGGCGGCGGAGACCGUGGGGUUCUUCCAGGUGGUCAACCACGGCGUGGCCGGUGGGCUCCUGGCCGAGACGCUGGCCGCGGUGCGGCGGUUCAACGAGGCGCCCGCGGAGGCGAAGAGGCCCUACUACUUCCGGGGCAACGCCCGCAAGGUGAGGUUCAGCUCCAACUUCGACCUGUUCCAGGCGCCGGCCGCCAACUGGCGCGACACCCUCUUCUGCGACCUCGCGCCGGAGCCGCCGCGGCCGGAGGAGCUGCCCGAGGCCGUCAGGCACGUGAUGGUGGAGUUCGGCGACGCGGUGCGGGCGCUGGCCGAGCGGCUGCUGGAGCUCCUGUCGGAGUCCCUCGGCCUCGCCCGCGAUCACCUGAGGGAGAUGGGCUGCGUGGAGGGCCUCGGCGUGGCGAGCAACUACUACCCGCCGUGCCCGGAGCCGGACCUCACGCUCGGCAGCACCAGGCACACCGACGCGUCUUUCCUCACCGUGCUCGUCCAGGACGACAUGGGCGGCCUCCAGGUCCUCGUUGAUCGAGGGGACGGUCGCCGGGGUUGGCUGGAAGUGCCUCCCUUGCCGGGCGCGCUCGUCAUCAACAUCGGUGACCUUCUUCAGCUUGUUAGCAACGGCAAGUUCAGGAGCGUGGAGCAUCGGGUUUUGGCGAACAAGAGUAGGGACACACCGAGGGUUUCGGUGGCGGCGUUCUGCAGCACGGACGUGAUAAGGUCCACGAGGGUGUAUGGCCCCAUCGAAGAACUCACGUCGUCGGAUGGCAGCGAUCCACCGCUUUACAGGAGCAUCACCAUUCACGAGUACCUCGCGCACUUCCUCAAGAAAGGCUUGGAUGGUCGCCACACGCUGGACCACUUUCUGCUGCUGCAACCGACUCCUACCGUGUAGAUCCAAUGCUGCGGUCACUGCUUCUCAAAUGAAAUUUGGAGUUGCUUUGCGAAUAAAAAAAAAAGGUCCACUAAAUAAGCAAGGAACCCAACAUGGGGAACAUGAUUCCAGUUAUGAAGUAGUAGUAGUAAAAUAUUAUGCUAGUAUCCUCGGUGAACCUUGUGUGCAUAAUAGUUUAUACUAUGUCACUGUUUACCACUUGCGUCAAAAAAAAAGGUUUACAAUUUGAUAA